CGGAAGUGCUUGAAUAGCAACGCGUCAUUGUUGUUAGGGCACGCCCCCAUUGAGAAGUCUUUCGUGGCGGGAUAUUUAAUCAGACAUGGAUUCUGUUAAGAGCAAGAAGAAUAUCCCCAUUGCUGCUAGACAGAGGGGUCCCGGUCCUGGACGCUAUGCCUUGCCUUCUACGUGUGGAUUCAAUGGUCAUGACUUCACAAAGUAUACCAGACCUGCCUACUCGUUUGGACGUCGUCUCGGGGACUUCUCCACAAAGAAGGAAUGCAGUCCUGGUCCGGCGUAUUUCAUCAACCCGAGCAUAACAAGGUCGGGUAGAGACGGCACCCCUGCCUAUUCCCUGCUUGCAAGGCAGACAUAUCUUGGCACGUUCAAGACUCCAUCACCAAGAGCUUACAUGCCGGAACGGGUUCACCCACAGGGGGAGAGAAAUGCCCCUAAGCAUUCCAUCGGUGCCCGGACCCGCUACCGUAAACGUGAUGGCAACCCAGCCCCGAACAAAUACACCCUACCAAAGGUUCUGGGGGCAUUCCAGCCGGACAAGCAAUCAUCUCCCGGCUACUCCAUGACGGCACGGUCGAUGAUCGGCGGCUACGCGGACGACUUGGCCAAGGCCCCCGGACCUGGCAACUACAAUGCCACCGUCCCCGACCUCUAUAAGGACAGGUCCCCCCUGUACUCCUUGAGGAGACGCAGCUACAUGCCCGGGGACAGUACGAUGAAGCCAGGGCCUGGAGCUCACUGCCCGGAGAGAGUUGUUAUAAACCGACCAAAGGCUGCUGUCCAUUCCCUUGGAAUCCGCCAUUCCGAGUUCAUCUGUCCCCUGUUUGUAGAUAUUUCAGAAUAGCUCCUGCUUAUCUUGUUUUGGUUUAUGAAGGGAUUUUAAACAUUUUAACAAAAUAUUUGUAUAUUUUGAUUGUAUUAAUUGUCAUAUUGUUAUAAAUGAACUUUUGGCAUAUAUUUCGCGCUAAUAGUUUUUGGAUAUUAUAAUGUUAAUUUCUUUCACACCUUGGCAGACGUCUGUAACCAAGAUUUUUAUACAUGAUACAUUUAUUAAGAACGUAUGUAUAUCUGUGUGUUGGUUAUAUUUUUCAGUAAGACCUGUAGAGGUUUUUUUUUCAAAUGGGUAAUUAAAUUGGAAAUAUGUGGUAGAGGUAAACGUGUAUAUACUUCUUACUAUGGUGUGUAAUAGUGUGUAUGUGUAUCACACUACCAUACGCCAUAUAUAUUUAUUCUUCUUACGAUAGUGUGUAUGUGAAUUCCAUACCACCAUACGCCCAAAGGGACAGGCCGUUAUAGAUACUUGGCAUUCCUAAGUCUGUUUCCUGCAUGUUACAUACAGGCAUUGUGUACCUAAAAUUGUCAUCACCAGGAAGUUACUGGCAUGAAUACAAGUUAUUAACAAUGUUGCCAAGAAAACGAGGUAUGUAAUCCUUUCAUUAAAAUUGCAUUUUUUGCAAGGUGAGGCUAGGAAAUAAAUGGAUGAAAAACGUAA